AUGGGCAACCAGAGCCUAACAAUAGGGUUAUCUCUGAACAACCUCCAUGCAUUUCUUGAUGCAAAUAAAGAUAAAAUAGAUUUUGGAAAUGCAAGGGAAUUGUCAUUUCCUGCAACUAAAUGCCUGGAGAAACUUUUAAAAUUUGGGCCUUACUAUGUGACUCCAGAUGUGAUGGGAUCCGCCAACCUUGAAGAGAGGGACUUCCCGUUGAUUGAUAAAUGGUUAGAAAAGUUUGUUGUGGAAGGCUCUGAUACCAUUGAUAAUGUGAAAACCAAGAUCCAGGACAAAGAGGGUAUCCCUCCAGAUCAGCAGAGGCUGGUUUUUGCUGGCAAGCAACUUGAAGAUGGAAGAACCCUUGCUGAUUAUAACAUUCAGAAGGAAUCCACUCUGCACUUGGUUCUACGUCUUCGUGGGGGGAUGCAAAUCUUUGUUAAGACUUUAACUGGGAAGACCAUAACUUUGGAGGUUGAAAGUUCUGAUACCAUCGAUAAUGUGAAGGCAAAGAUCCAGGACAAAGAGGGCAUCCCACCGGACCAGCAGAGGCUUAUCUUUGCUGGGAAGCAGCUUGAUGAUGGAUGUACCCUUGCUGAUUAUAAUAUCCAGAAGGAAUGUACUCUGCACUUGGUUUUGCGGCUUCGUGGUGGUAUGCAAAUAUUUGUGAAGACCCUAACGGGUAAGACUAUCACAUUGGAGGUGGAAAGCUCUGAGUGUAAAGAACCAAUUAUUACAUGGAACCCAUUUCAAGGCAUAAAUCUUCCUGAGUCUUACCCGCAGAAGCAUGGGUUGGAUACAACCCAUAAUUGCAAGGCCAUGAAACUCCUUAAGCAGCGUAGAAGGGGGAGAAGAAGUGGUCUCUGUUAUGAUUGGUUAAGAAAAAACUGA